GUCAGAGUAAUUGGUAUUGGCCAAAGGCCAUGGGAGCGCCAUGGUCCGUUCCCUGUGGAGCCUGUGGAGCCUCUGGAUCCUGCGGCUUGCGGCAGGUGCAGGCCAAGAUGAGAGCGGCCCUUUUGGAGUGGUGUCCAAGCAGAUCGUGCAAGAGGAGUGCCCCGGGAUCGCAGUCCCGGCGCUGAACUUCUGGAAGCAGCUGCAGGCCCACUUCUUCGAGGCCCAGUCAGCCUACUACAGCUCGAGCGCGGACAGCAAGUUUAUUGCACUGCUGGCUGGGGUGGAGGGGCUGAACAUGCUGAUGCGGAACCUGGAGAGCGCCUAUGCCUGCCCCAUCCUGGCGGCGAGGAACUUCAAGCUGGUGGGCGACUGGUCGACUGCUGUGGGCCACCCCUACCGGGCCAGGUGCCUGCUGCAGCUUGGGAACAUCUUCAAGAUCCAGGCGAUGGCUCGGUGGUACAACCAGCUGCCGUCCAGCAGUGCCCCCCAGCGCUUCGAGUCGAGGUUGCAGGUGGAGUUCACCAUCGCCAUCACGCAGCUGCACGCAGCGCUGCAAGUUCCUUUGCGGCCACUUGUGCGGUGGCCGGGCGGCACGGCGCAGCCCCGGAUCCAAGUGCACUCCAUUUGCCACUACCGUCCGGACCCAAGCGCCCCGGGGGAGUGCCCGUUGCCGCAGCUGUCCGAGCCCAAUCACCGCGCCUACGCGGAGAGGCACGGGUACAAGUACGUCCUCCACACGGAGCUGCCAUUGCCAGACCGGGAGGCGCACUACAGCAAGAUGCUGGUCAUCCACCAGGCCUUCCUUUCCGCCGAGAGCCCUGACUGGGUUUUCUUCAUUGACUGCGACGCCUUUUUCACCGACCCCCACACGCGACUGGAGGAUAUUCUCGCCACCUACGGCGCGGCCGGCGCAGGGCCGGACUUCCUUGUGGCGGAAGACCCCGGGGGCAUCAACACGGGCACGAUGCUGGUGCGACGCAGCGAGUGGUCCCUGGUCUUCCUGGAGCGAGUGGCGAACAGCGGCUUCGCGGUGGCCUGGGACCAGUCCAUGUUCUUCUGGGAGAUCCUGAACCCGAGCUUGCUCCCCAAGGUGCCAGAGCGCUCCACUGUGGCCACGGACUACUCCCUUCCGAAGGAGGUGGCCCUGGUGCACCAGGCGCACCUGAACGCCUUUGUGCCGCCGGCCAGCGGGGACUGGUCGGCCCACGAGUGGCGACCGGGGGACUUCGUGCGGCACUUUGCGGGCUGUCCCUGGCAGGAGAGCCAUUGCCUGAGCCUCAUGCGGGAGACAGCCUUCGCUGCCCAACAGCAGCUGAAAGCAUAGAGAGAUCUCUGCAGGCCAAAGACGAGCCAGAGGUCCAGGGCAGUCCGGCGGCCGGUCCUGCGGUGCGAAGCUGCCAAAAGAAAAGC